CUCCGGUUCUCCCUUUUCUUAAGAUCCAAUAGACCGUAGCCCAAUUACAACCUUGAGAAUUCGAGCAUCAGGUUGAAGUCCAAGAAGUUUUCCCAUUCCGCGAUUGGUUGGCGGGCUUUCAGACAUCUGACAAUUGGAUGAUCGAAUUCCUUCAAUGAUCCUUCUCAGACGCUUCAAACCGCCCGACAUCACAUCCUCUAUUAUCCAACUAGGACCUAUCAAGUUUCCAACUCAGGCCGCCAAAUCACCCUUCUACUCUGAAAGACGCAAUAUUGAAACUCCCCGCCAACUGUUCGAUAGAAUUCCGGACAGAAAUAUGGUUGAUUCAAACUCUGAUAUCUACUGCUCUACCCGGAGUGAAAAGGAAGUGAGAGCUAUUAAACUCCCUAGUUGGAUGCUCCUCGGUGGUUCAAAUUCAUUGCGCUUGGCCGUUUCAUGCAUCGUCCGAGCAAUAAAAUUCAUGGGCUCGGAUGAUACAAAGCGUGGAAUUCACGCUGCUGUGAUAAAAAAUGGGUUUGAGUGUGAAGUUGCUAUCACCACUGCUCUUAUAGGAUUUUACUCUUCUCUGUGUGAGCUGGAAAGUGCUCGACGACUGUUCUAUUCGACACCCAUGAAAGAUUUGAUCUUGUGGAGUGCAAUGGUUUCGACAUGUUGUAAGAAUGGACAAUUCAUCGAGGCUAUUGAUACUUUCGGUGAGAUGUUGAGUUUUGGUGUUACUCCAAAUAAUGUGAGCCUUGUGAGUGUUCUACUGGCAUGUGCCAAUACAAAUGCUCUGCUGCAUGGAAAACAAAUUCAUGGGUAUGCUAUAAGAAAGGAAUUUGAUUCAGAAACAAGCCUCUGUAACUCCCUUGUGGACAUGUAUGUAAAGUGUGGUAAGCUGGAUGCUGCAAUGGUAGUCUUCAACAGCACCAACUGGAAGGAUAACAUAUCAUGGAAGAACAUAAUCUUUGGAUGCAUAGAAAAUGGGCUGCCACGAGAAGCACUUCAACUGUUCUAUGAUAUGAGAGCUUCUUCUAUUGAACCUGAUGAAAUCACCAUCAGGAAUGUAAUAGGUACAUGCUCACAAGUCAGCUAUCUGAUCUUUAUAUUAGGACUGCAUUGCUAUAUCAUCAAGAAUGGUCUAGGUGCCUCGACUUCUGUUGGAACUGCACUGCUCAGAGCAUAUGCUGAAUUCAAGGAGGUGGAGAUGGCACAGGCAUUGUUUAAUCAACUCCAUCAAAAAGAUAACGUAGCAUGGAGCGCGAUGAUCUCAGCCUACUCUCAUACAGGUCAUCCAGAUCUUGCGUUGGAGAUGUUCAAACAGAUGCAAUUAGCAAGGGAGGAAGCUAACGAGAUUACGUUUGUUAGUUUGCUGCAAGCUUGCUCAUUGGUUUGCUCAUUGGUGGGAGCAUUAAAGCUAGGAAAAAGCAUACAUGCACAUGUUACAAGACUGGUCUGUGUUUCUAAUAUGUUUGUAACAUCAGCUCUGAUUGAUUUCUACUGCAAGUUGGGGAGGCUUAGGGAAGCCGAGAUCCUAUUUGGCAAGCUUCAAAAAAGAGAUCUUGUUUGUUGGAGUUCCAUGAUAAAUGGGUAUGGGAUAAAUGGGUGUGGAGAAGAGGCAGUUCAAAUUUUCUAUAAUAUGUUAGAGCAGGGGUUGAUGCCUAAUGAGGUCACUUUUGUCUCCAUUCUUUCUGCCUGUAGUCAUUGUGGCCUAGUGGAUGAAGGUUGGAAGUGGUUUCACUCUAUGAAAGAGCAGUUUGGUAUUAGUUCAACUCUGGCGCACUAUACUUGUAUCGUAGAUUUGCUAGGCGGCCAAGGGAGAGUCGAAGAAGCUUUGGAGUUUGUGAACAUGAUGCCUAUGGAACCAGAUAUCACAGUGUGGGGUGCUUUGUUGAGCUGGUGUAGAGGGCACGGUGACAUCAACAUUGCUGAGUUUGCGGCUGAGCGAUUAAUACAGUUGGAUCCAAGUAACUCUAGCUGCUAUGUGACGUUGUCUAACCUGUAUUCCAAACUUGGCCUGUGGGAAGAUGCUCAAAGAAUCAGAGGGCUGAUGGAGGAUAACAGCUUGAAAAAGACAGCAGGGUUUAGCAUGGUUUGAUGAUCUUAGGUACCAUCUUUAAAGAAUGUUCCAAUUAUCAGAUAUUAAUGAAAUCAGCUUAUUCCAUCU